CAUCUCCUUCUUCCUGGUCAUCAGUGUUCUGGCCUUCCCUAACGGACCAUUUACCAGACCACAUCCGGCGAUAUGGCGAAUAGUUUUCGGUCUGAGUGUGCUGUACUUCCUGUUCCUGGUGAUCUGACAUCUCCCUGUUAUGGUCUGGUCAGGUCUGAGUGUGCUGUACUUCCUGUUCCUGGUGAUCUGACAUCUCCCUGUUAUGGUCUGGUCAGGUCUGAGUGUGCUGUACUUCCUGUUCCUGGUGAUCUGACAUCUCCCUGUUAUGGUCUGGUCAGGUCUGAGUGUGCUGUACUUCCUGUUCCUGGUGAUCUGACAUCUCCCUGUUAUGGUCUGGUCAGGUCUGAGUGUGCUGUACUUCCUGUUCCUGGUGAUCUGACAUCUCCCUGUUAUGGUCUGGUCAGGUCUGAGUGUGCUGUACUUCCUGUUCCUGGUGAUCUGACAUCUCCCUGUUAUGGUCUGGUCAGGUCUGAGUGUGCUGUACUUCCUGUUCCUGGUGAUCUGACAUCUCCCUGUUAUGGUCUGGUCAGGUCUGAGUGUGCUGUACUUCCUGUUCCUGGUGAUCUGACAUCUCCCUGUUAUGGUCUGGUCAGGUCUGAGUGUGCUGUACUUCCUGUUCCUGGUGAUCUGACAUCUCCCUGUUAUGGUCUGGUCAGGUCUGAGUGUGCUGUACUUCCUGUUCCUGGUGUUCAUCAUCUUCCUAAACUGGGAGCAGGUGAAGAACGUCAUGUACUGGCUGGACCCCAACCUGCGCUACGCCACCCGGGAGGCUGACAUCAUGGAGUAUGCAGUGAACUGUCACGUGAUCACCUGGGAGCGAAUCCUGAGCCACUUUGACAUAUUUGCCUUCAGCCACUUCUGGGGCUGGGGCAUGAAGGCCCUGCUCAUCCGCAGCUACGGCCUCUGUUGGACCAUCAGCAUCACCUGGGAGCUCACUGAGCUGUUCUUCAUGCACCUGCUGCCUAACUUUGCUGAGUGCUGGUGGGACCAGCUGAUCCUGGACAUCCUGUUGUGUAAUGGAGGAGGCAUCUGGAUGGGUAUGACUGUCUGUCGCUUCCUGGAGAUGAGGACCUACCACUGGGCCUCCAUCAAGGACAUCCACACCACGACAGGGAAGAUCAAACGUGCUGCGCUCCAGUUCACCCCGGCUAGCUGGACCUACGUCCGUUGGUUUGACCCCAAGUCUUCCCUGCAGCGCGUCACCGGGGUCUACCUCUUCAUGAUCAUCUGGCAGCUGACAGAGUUGAACACAUUCUUCCUGAAGCACAUAUUUGUGUUCCCGGCGUGCCACGCCCUCAGCUGGUGUCGGAUCCUCUUCAUCGGCAUCAUCACAGCUCCCACCGUGAGGCAGUACUAUGCCUACCUCACAGACACACAGUGUAAGCGUGUUGGGACACAGUGCUGGGUGUUUGGGGCCAUAGCGUUCCUGGAGGCCUUGGCGUGUAUAAAGUUUGGAAUGGAGCUGUUCUCCAAGACCCAGGUCCUCUAUGUGCUGGUGUGGCUGGUGUGCGUGGCCUUAAUCACAUUCCUGUGUCUGUAUGGGAUGGUGUGGUAUGCAGAGAUCUAUGGCCCCAAAGAGAAGAGCUACUCUGAAUGUGAGGACAGCAACUACAAUGAGGACUUUGUGUCAGAACAAGGGAAAGGAGAACUGCAUUCUGAGGUUGAGGCUCCUCCCACCAGGCAGCGUGGGCGGAGCUCAGGGAAGAACAAAUCCACCAAUGGGCUGGGGAAGAAGUAAUGCUAGCCCUGCCACUCAGGGAUGAGUCCCGCCCUCUUCUCCUGUCAGAACCCCGGACCACAGAGGAAGAGGUGCAUGUUGGAAGAGAUGGAAGAGAAAGAAAGGAUAGACAACACUUUCUCUGUGCAUUUUAACGUACGGAGAAGCACCCAUCCAUAAGAGGGGAGAGUGGGCCCAGGUUAGGGGCAUGGUCAGUGGACAGGAUAGACAGACACCAUGUCCAUGCAGGGUUGUAGAGGAAGGAGAGAGGGGGGGUGUGGCCUAUAGAUCAGAGAACCACACAGAUACCUACUGGUGGUUCACAUGAGCUCCUACCUACCCUACUGCUGAUCAGUUUGUGUGUGUCUGCGUAAGCAUGUGUGUGUGUGUGUGUGUGGUGGCAAUAUUGCUUAUCCUCAGUCGGAACAGAAGAAUGCAUGUUCCAUUGUACAGGAGUUGGUAAACUACUGUGAUUGGAGAACUACGUUUAUCCUAUACCAUAUAUCUUUCAUGUGCUUCAGCCCAUAGAAUUAGAAUACUAGAAUGGAUAUGAACCUUCUUAUGGUGGUCUACAGGCUGUCAGCCAUUUUGGUCAGGGAGGUGGUCAACCAUGGAUAAGAUAUUGUGUAAAAUAAUGAAAUGGAAGAAUUUGUCUGCAGUGUAUGUUUGUUAGCUAGCUAACCGGACAGCUUUUAGAGGAAUGAUUCAAUUAAUUUGUCAAAUUAACAUUCAAUAUGCCAACAUUCCAUUCAAACAAUCCAUACACUGGCUGGUUGGAAAUGCAACAAGUUGGCUAUUGAUAUUGUAUCAUAGUGACACUCACAGUUUUCCAAGAAAACAACAACAGUUUUGACAUUUAUGGUCUGUUUACAUAUAUUAUAGAGGCUAUAUCAAAAUGUGUAUAAAACCUGUAUAAACUGUAUUUAUAAUUAGGACUAUUUUAGAUUGAUGAUUACAUUCAACAUUUCUGAUAUCACAUGCCUUUUAUUUUCCUGUAGAAGUCAAAUGAGGAUUCUGCCUCGACUGCCAUUCAUUCCAGUUAGACUGGUUUGGAUUUCUCCCUGAACAAUACGGCUUCCAUUAUUCACCCUGUUCUGGAAAUGUGAGGGUUUUUGACAUAGCCCCCCCCCCCCCCCCCCUCCAUCAAACUACUGUAUUUAAAUGGAACCCUAUUCUCUAUAUAGUGCACUAAGAUUGACCAGACCCCAGUCCAAUGUACUGCACUAAGAAGAUAAUAGGGUGCCAUUUGGGAAGCAGACGUUUUAUAGCUGUGUAAUAUCAGAAGUUGGACUCUCGUGUUGACUACUGUAGGGCUGCUGUUGUUCACCAUCGGGCCAACUCUUCAUCAUCAGUUUCAUAUUUGUAAGUGUUCACCAUUUUUGGUUUGUUUUUAUGACUUGAACAAAGAGAGGAAUGUGAACAGAGGCCGUAUGUAUCAAACAUCUGAGUAGGAGUGCUGAUCUAGGAUCAGGUCCCCCCCGUCAAUGUAAUCGUACUCAGUAUGCUCUAAAAUACUCAAACUGAUCCUAGAUCAGCACUCUACUGUCGGAGUAGAGAUGCUUGGUACAUAUGGCACCAGGAUUUUAAUGCAAAGCUGCUUUGGCUUGGAAGGACGGGCGUUUCUGAUUUUUGUGUUUGACCUCCUGGGUCAAAGAAUUGUCUUUGCGCUCCACCAGCUCCAUAUAAGCUGUUGACUUCCGUUGUUUUGGAGAUGCCGUACAUUUACUGUAAUGUUUUGUUUUGCGUGUUUUGUGAAAUCAUCGUCAUGACCUUUGUGUGAUUUAUUAUGUGUCGUCCCAAAUGGCACCAUAUUCCCUGUAUAGUGCACUACCUUUGACCAGAGUCCUAUGGGCCCUGGUCAAAAAGUAGUGCACUAUAAAGGGAUUUUGAUGCCAUUUAGGAUGCAGCCUUCCUCUCCCUUCACAUCCGGGCUGCUGUCUUUUUACAGGAAAUGACGAGGCCAGUCGUUCAUAGUUGGAGCUUGGUCUGUCUGUGCAGGCAGGUAGCUUUGUUUUACUACGAUGUGGACGCUCUCGUUCUCACCUUCAUGGCAUUUUGCAUGGCUAAGUGUGGAAAUGGAUCCGAGUGUCUCGGGAGGGACUGGGGGAUGCUACAGAUGUACUACAGUAGUAGUGAAAACAAAUGGUCUUUGCGUCAGUGUCACACCACAUCAGUAAGCCAGUAUUCACAAUGUCUUUUUUCAGUGUUGCUGUAAACAUUUGUAAUUCAACGCCCUUGUGCCUGUAUUUAUGUAGUUUUGUUAUUUUUUACACUUCACACUUUUUAUGCAGUUUGUAUUCAGCCUACUACAUUUCAUUUUUUAUUUUUACUGCUCUAAUUACGUUGGUAACCAGUUUUAUAAUAGCAGUAAGGCACCUCUGGGGUUUGUGGUAUAUGGCCAAUAUACCACGGCUACGGGCUGUGUCCUAGCACUUCGGGUUGAGUCGUGCAUAAGAACAGCCCUUAGCCGUGGUAUAUUGGCCAUAUACCACACCCCCUCGUGACUUUUUGCUCAAGUAAAGGUUUGUCAGUCACUGGGCCUGGUUAAUACUCUUAGAAUGCAUCCAUCAUAGCUCCCUUAGAGUCGACACUGUUCUGACAUAACUGUCUUUAAGCUACUCUUUUGCAUACAAAAUUGCAUAUAAUUACUGAGAAAUGUGGUUUGAUGAAUGGAGUUUAGUGAUGGCACUCUGAGCUAUUAUCACCCAUCCAGUUGUCAGAUAAGUGAAUAUUUCAAGGGAGGGUAGAAGGGUGCAUUUUAGAAGUAUUCAUCCAUAGCCAUCAUCUCAACACACAUAUUUCUCUCAUGUCAAUAUCAGACACUGACACUCAUCCACAGGUAGCAUGGACCAGACUCCCUGGCUCUAUAGAAUAUGGCAUGUUGUUUCUGGAAUGAAGAUGCCAUUUUGCCAAAACAAUCCCUCUCGAAAAGGAGACUUGUGUUUGUUUUUUCACUCUGAAUUAAUAAAACUUUAUUAAAAAUG